AUGACAAGCACGUGCGCACUUUCGUCAACUGCUCCACAUCAAAAAGCGACUCCGAAGAUCGACUAUGCAUCAUUGGGUGGCUCGAAGAAGCAACUGUCAGACUGGAAACUCAAGGCCGAGAUCAGCGUCACCAAAUCAAGCAACCCAGACUGGAAAUGGGGUGAUGGCGUCAAGCGCGAACAAGACUCACAUGUCGAAAUCGACCCUUUUGCAGAAGGCCGACCAAUGUUCCACAACUAUACCUUACUCGUCUCUGGCAUCGCACCUCGUCCCAUCGGUCUUGUCAGCACGAUAUCCAAAGAAGGAAAAUUGAACCUCGCACCAUUCAGCUAUUUCCAAGUUGUUGAUCAUGAUCCUCCGGUCUUUGUGAUUGGCUUUUCUGGUCGCGCGGGACGGCCGAAAGAUACAUUGCGCAAUCUCGAGGAAACAGGAGAGUGCGUCUUCAACAUUGUUUCUGAAGACAUGAUAGAAGCUGUCAACGCGACUUCGGUGGAUGCACCGUACGGUGUCUCUGAAUGGACGCUUUCUGGCUUGACGAAAGCUGAAAGCACGACUGUCAGACCGCCGAGGGUCAAGGAGUCUGUCAUGUCGAUCGAGGGCAAGUUGACUAAAAUUGUCAAUUACAAAACCUCAAGACCUUCUGUUGGUCCUCAUGGGUCGUUGGCGAUCAUCGAAGCGACUAGGUUUUGGGUGCAAGAGAAUGCGAUUGAUGAGAAGAGAAGUCAUGUUGACUUGGAUGUUCUGAGACCCAUUGGACAGCUGGGUGGUGUGUCUUAUGCGAGAAUUACCGACACUUUCGAACUUCCCAGGACAAAUUGGGCUGCCGCUGUGGAGAAGUCGGGUUCCGAACUUCUGAACAUGGCGAGAGAAGAACUUCAAGCCUCUCGUGCAGGUCGAGAUUGA